UCUGUGUGUGCGCGAAGUGAAAGUGUGUUUUGAUUUCUGCUCUCUCGAAAAAGAGCUUGAUUUUCUGUGAAAAACCAACCAAAUUGCGGAAGGAUGACUGAGGAAAUUGAUGACUUGGAGUUCUUCCAGCAGGACUUCACCACUGCCAGCGAGUGGGAGAUCUUCACGGCACGUCUCGAGGAGAUAUUCCACGAGUGGAAGCUUCCCUUUGUCAGCGCGGGUGAGAAACUGGCCAGGAAUCAGCUGUCGCUGUGUGACUGGACCACUUGUGAUGAGAUUAUCAGUUUCGCGGAUGUGGACCUGCAGAUUAUGAGGUACAGCGCAAAAUUGGACAGUCCCGAGAGCGGUGAGAAGAGCGAGAAGGAUCGACAGUGUCAGGCAUUUGUGGAUCUCAUGUCCUUGGAGAAUGACUUCAGCAUUCUCGAUGACAGCGCCGAGGAGGAGCUCCAUCCCGUGGCCAGGUGGUAUGGGCUCAGGGAUUUCGUGGUGGUGCGACCAACGAAGAAGUCCAUCACCAAUGAGAGUCAGAUCAGGAUCCUCCUCAGUUCUGUCCAGAUCGCCGUGUCUGAGAGCAACUGCGAAGUGCCUGUGUUCGUGCAGGUGCUGGAGAAGAGCCAGCGCGUCUUCCUGGGCGUGUGCGAGUUCCAGUCGACGCGUCUCUCCUUCGACGUUGUCCAUCUGCAGACCACUCCGCCGCCUUUCAAGUACUUGUCCGGUCUCCUGGACAUGUUCAAGGGCAAGAUUGGCGUGCAGUACGAAGAUCCCGUGUCCGUCAGCGUGCGACUCAACUACAGCCUCACGAGAUUCGGCAGUGCCUCGUAUGCCGUGAAGUGGCGCAGCUCCUUCGCCACGAGUCCCUUCGAGUUCGACGAGGAGGACGUGGACGAGGAAGACCUGGAGAAGUUCACAGUCCUCCCAUUCGGCGUGAUGUGCGAUCCCGUGUCCGAACUGGUGCUCCACUGCCUCUGGCCGCACGUGGCGGACAACGUGGUCAUCGAUUCGCAGACUUACUCGGACUUCGAUCCUCUCCUGGCGCCCAAGUGGUCAAUGAGGGCGCGCUUUGAGCCUCUGCCCGCCUGCUUCCUCUCGGAGAUCCUCAAGGAGUACCUCCACCUCCUCGAGUCCAGAACCACCCUGUCCGACCUCCUCGGAGACUCCUUCGCAGGCACAGCGACGGCCUUCGACACCAAUCCGCUGGACUUGCUGACAGAGCCCAAGAUUCCCGGUCUCACAUCCGUUCUGCCCACUUUCUCGCGGCGCGACACAAUGAAGGACAGUCAGAAGAGCCACGGCCCCAUCAGGGAUGACCACUUGAUGAAGAUGCUGUACUACCUCUUCCCCGAUGCCCAGGAAACUGCCCAGCAUCCGUACGACGUCCCGGAGAGCGAUGUCUACGAUCCCAUGAAGAUCAAGAGCGCCUCUCCUGACUCCCUGGUGCACCGACUGAGCGCUCUGCUGGCGCUCUGCUACGAGUACUUCGGUGGGCAGAAGGCAGUGGCGCACUUGUGGAUGGAAUUCGCUCAGGAGAUGAGAUAUCGCGCCGAGAGAUGCAUCCAAAUUCCCGGGAUUGGAAAUGGGUUUCCGGACUCGAGAACAUGCCUCAUACAUCAGAAGCUCCAAAUGCUGAACAUUUGCAUGGAGAGGCGGCGGAUCCGCGAGGGUGGCCUCCCGUUCGCCUACACGGCUGUCAACCCAUCUGGAGGAAAUGAGGGAAGUGGCAAGAAGAAAAUUGAUGAUUCAGAAGAUGAAUUUUUCGAUUGUGCCAACGACGAUGAGGAUGACGAACAGAAGAAUCGUCACGCACCGUGGAAUAAGCCCGAGGGAAGGCUGUCGCGACUCGAUGAUAUGACACUCGUUGACUCGGAUGAGCCACUCUACAUUCCCAUCACACAGGAGCCGGUGCCGAAGACGGAGGACCAGCUGGAGGACGAUGCCGAGGUGAUGCUGAAAUUGGGCCCAGGAAGUGAAUUAGGGACGCAAAUGAUGAGUGCCUCGCUCCUGUCCGACAUGGAGAGCUUCAAGGCGGCGAAUCCUAAUGGGAAGAUUGAGGACUUCAUUCGCUGGUACAGCCCCCGUGACUGGAUUGAGGAUGCUGCAGAUGAAGAUGAAGAAACGAGGAAGAAAGGGCACUUGAGCUCUCGAAUGAUGAUCCCCGGCAACACUUGGCGAAGUGUUUGGGAAUCCGCUAAACCGGUACCGGCUCGACGGCAAAGGCGUCUGUUCGACGACACCAAGGAGGCGGAGAAGGUUCUGCACUUCCUGGAAUCUCGCAAUAUUGGCCAAAUUGUUGAUCUCACGCUCGCCACGCUUUUCCACGCGGCUAUGCUGAAGAUUCAGGAGGAAAUCCACGAGGACAACUUCCAGAUACCCUCGAUGACUGAGCAGAUGGAGAGAAUUGUGGCGCACUGCUGCAAACUGUCGCGAGAGAAUUUGGUGGGCGUGCGAGGCAAGAAGUGGCACAACUUGUUGCUGGAGUUGACGAACAUGGAGUACUUUGUCAUCCAGGCGCGCAGCCUGAGCAUGAAAGUGCUGGGCAGCGAGGCGAAGAGCAUCGGCAGUGCGGAGAGGGAUCUCCUGGGUGACUUGCUGAAGGGGCACGAGGGUGAACUGAGGAGUGGCGCCAAGGGUGAAAUCUCCAAGAGACUCCUUGGGUUGUUCACGGAGGCGAAAAAGGCGCAAAACGAGCAGUCUUCAGGCGAUGGAGAUCAAGUAGGAGAUAAUCUGUCCUUGCCGAGUCCCACGGAGCGGCAAUUCACGCUGCGAGUGACGGGAAAGACGCUGGUGAAAGGUAUGGCGGGUCCGCAAUUCCUGCGGGCAAUUCUGGGACAGAAUGAAUUCCGUCUGUGCGGUGCUUUCUCGCAAGACACCAACUUCCUCUGAAUUCCAUUUUGGGAGAUGCUCUGGAUUCCUUUGCGUCCUUUGCCAAUUAAAUAAAGCACGAUAUUAA